ACGCAGCCUGCUAGACAGGGCUCCCGGACCCCUCCCGACCACCCCACCCGGUCGCGACUCGCGCGGGCUGGGUCUCAAAGCCUCCUUGGUUGUCCGCCUGGAAGGCACCCAGCGGCAGCAGCGCCCGGUUAGCUCGGAGUCGCGCACCAACCGCAGCCGCCACCCAGGCCCCGCCCAGAGGCAGCCGCGAGCAAGGCCGCGCCAGGGACGACUGCGGAGCGCGGUGUCUGACCUAAUCCACCUCCAGAGCCGGAUCUUUCUGCGUCUGGGUCCUCCGCAAAGACUGCUGCCAUGCCGGUGACCGUGACCCGCACGACCGUCACCACCACCAUGUCGUCCUCCUCAGGCCUGGGCUCCCCAACCAUCGUGGGGUCCCCUAGGGCGCUGACCCAGCCCCUGGGCCUCCUCCGCCUGCUGCAGCUGGUGUCCACCUGCGUGGCCUUCUCACUGGUGGCCAGUGUGGGUGCUUGGACGGGGUCCAUGGGUAACUGGUCCAUGUUCACGUGGUGCUUCUGCUUCUCCGUGACCCUCAUCAUCCUCAUAGUCGAGUUGGGCGGGCUCCAGGCCCGCUUCCCCCUGUCCUGGCGAAACUUCCCCAUCACCUACGCCUGCUACGCCGCCCUCUUCUGCCUGUCGGCCUCCAUCAUCUACCCCACCACCUACGUCCAGUUCUUGUCUCACGGCCGCUCCCGGGACCACGCCAUCGCCGCCACCGCCUUCUCCUGCAUCGCCUGCGUGGCUUAUGCCACCGAAGUGGCCUGGACCCGGGCCCGGCCCGGGGAGAUCACCGGAUACAUGGCCACCGUGCCGGGCCUGCUCAAGGUGCUGGAGACCUUCGUGGCCUGUGUCAUCUUUGCCUUCAUCAGCAGCCCGUACCUGUACCAGCACCAGCCGGCGCUGGAGUGGUGCGUGGCCGUGUACUCGAUCUGCUUCAUCCUGGCGGCCGUGGCCAUCCUGCUGAACCUGGGUGACUGCACCAACGUGCUGCCCAUCUCCUUCCCCAGCUUCCUGUCCGGGCUGGCCCUGCUGUCGGUCCUCCUGUAUGCCACUGCCCUGGUUCUCUGGCCGCUCUACCAGUUCGAUGAGAAGUACGGUGGCCAACCGCGGCGCUCAAGGGAUGUGAACUGCGGCGACAGGCACACCUUCUACGUGUGCACCUGGGACCGCCGGCUGGCCGUGGCCAUCCUGACGGCCAUCAACCUGCUGGCUUACGUGGCUGACCUCGUGUACUCGGCCCGCCUGGUUUUUGUUCGGGUGUGAGGCUCCGGCCCGGGGCUCUUGACUCCCCCCUCGUGCCCAGGUUCUCAUUUCCUCUUCCGGGCUCCCUGUCUUCCACCUUUCUCCUGUCCUUCCCAGUUUCCCUUGCUCUUUUCCGUUUCUUUCGCUUCUGGGCUCCUCUCUCCUUCCCUUCCUGUUUUGUUUGGUUGCCCGUAUCCUGUUUGGCCCAUUUGCCCUUCUGUUUUCAUGGUCUUCUUUUCUGACCUGUUCUGCCUCUCCCGGCUCUUUUCUGGUCCUCUCAUUUUCUCAUCUGCCUGUGUCUUAGCCACCCCUUCCCGUUUUCUUUCUUCCAAUUUCCUCGGGAGCUCCAAGACUCCUUCUUCUCUACCCCCACCUCCAAAGGUGCUGAGCUCCACCUGUCUGUCCCACACCUCUCUCUGCAGCUGUUAAUACCCCUGGCCUCCCCGAGGGGCCUCAUUGCCAAAGCAUGCCUGCCCGCCCUGGCUGUGCCUUGUUGGUGUGUACGUGUGUGUUUGGGGGAGAGGGGGGGAGGGUAGCUAGGGAUUGGGCUCCCUUUCUCCCAGGGGAGGGGGGUGUACCGUACAGGUCCCCUUUAAGUUAAAAAAAAAAAAAUCUCUGGAGGCCAAAGGUUUUCCAGUGGGUAUGAUGCUUAACCCACAGACAGACCCCGGGUCCCUGGGUCCUGCUCGGCACCCAGCCUCGCCUGAGACUGCCUCCAGAAUUUUUGCCAGGCUUACUAAGAAUCCACUGCCUAGAGGCCAUCUUAAAGGAAGUCAAGGGUGAACGUUUUUCCAGCCCGACUGCUCUCUGCGUUAUCGAAAACCCCUCCGAAGUAUUUGUGAGGGGCAGCGAUGUGGCCCUCCAGCCUUAGUGUUAAAAAUAGCCCGUCCUGCCUUUGCUGGGAGAAAAAAAAUGGCCACUGCCUGCCUUAACGGCAAUGCUAGCCUGGG